UUCACCCCACUUCAUCUAUACCAACUCACUCAAUCAUCAUCAUGCCUCACCACCACCACGACCCCGCCGAAGCUUACGAGCAGGUCAACAAUGCACCUCACCAGGCCCAGCUCUCUCAUGAGUUGAUCGCCGCCGCCGCUUCUUACGAGGCAAUGAAAGCCUACAAUGAUCACUGCGAGAAGAAUGGCAAACCUGCGAGCCACGACACUGCCAAGGAGAUCAUGGCUGCUGGCGCUGGAUUUUUCCUUGACCGCUUGGUCGAGACGAAGGGUUUAGACUACGUAGACAAGCAGAAGGCGAAGAACCAUGCCAAGGAAUCUGCCUUUGAAAAGUCUGGUUAUUGAUCGCCAUACCCAAUCAAUGAACUAUAUCAAUAUUGCCGAUCGUUAUGUAAAAUGAAAGGAGUGACAAAUGUAACGAUAAGUAAUGUACACUAGACUCGUGACCAGUCCUGAAUUUCAUUGGAUUCACUACUAUC